GAAAUGGUUGACAAACCGAACGUCGCCUUCUUAGACGACGGUUACUAUGAAGAAAUAGUUGUUGGCGAGGAAAUGGUGGGAGAAACAGCGGAAGAAGUCAUAACAGACCACUAUGUCACAGAAGACGGACAUGUGAUCUCUUCAGCUCCUGGACAAUUAGACGGGAACCUUUUAACACUCAGUGAUGGGCAUCAUACUAUUGUGACUACAUCUGCGCCUGGCGUGGAGCAUCAGCAGCUGGCGCAACAGGUGUUAGUGCAACCACACGCCCAGCAGACUCAACAAGUAAUCCAACAGCAGAUGGAGGAGCAGAACAUGGUCGAUCAGUUGCCAAGACCGAAGCACGAACGAUGUCGUUGUGAGGCGCGACUGUACGUGCACUACCAUUGUGCAAUCUGUGCCAAGCCCUUCGCGAUGAGUUGCAUGUUGAAGCACUUUCAACAUCUACACUAUGCUCCUGGUACAGUGAAGACCACUUAUGCACACCUCAUCGACGAGGACAGAGAACUGUACGGGGUCAUCAGCUACUCCCAACUGACUCCGAAUCCAGCUCACGUGAUCAAACUGGCAAAUGGGUCCAAAAGGUGUUCCAACUCAGUGUGCAAAGCCAAGAGACGAGAGGGUUCCAUCGAAGAGUGUGAACAUUGCGUUGCGGUGGAGGAUGGCCCAGCAAGUGCCCCGGAGCCUAUCUUCAUCGACCAGCAGAUUCUGGACAACUGCCACAAAGACUUUGUGGAGAGCUACAAGCAGUAUUGUAACUCAGCAGCCCAGCACGGUGUCCCGGCAGUCUGUGUUCUGCGAGCGCCUCCUCAUGUUACCUCACAUAUUAUCUACUCAUGUUUCAAUGAGAACAACAUCCAAAAGAGGUACUUAGUCGUGCAAUACGAGCCCACAAUCAGUUGCAGUUGUGGCGUGGGGGCGGAGAAGGCCUGUUGGCAUCGGGCCAUAGUCUCUCUGUGUUGCCAGGCCCCUGGCCAGUCGGACAAUGACUCACUUGAUCCUCCCUUCGAGACUCUGUUCUCUGUGCGAGAGAUGCAGAGGUUCAUUCAACCUACAGAAGCUACACCAAACAUUCUAACUGGACGCACCCCGAAGCCAAGUGGAAGCAGACGAAGCAAAGUGGCCAAACUAUCAUCUGACCACCAUCAUCAUCAUCACCAGUUUGACCCCCAGGGGAUCAACAAUAACAGCAGCAACAACCCAUCUGGUCUGCUGGGGAGGGAUUCUGCCGAGAUUGAACACGCUCAGUUGUUGAGUGAGCUGGGAGGGGGAGGGGCAAUGCAACAGACUCAUGCUCAUUUGGACACCCAGAAUGUAUUGCAAUCUAUGUCAUCGGUGGGAGUGGCAGCUCAACAAGCCCUGAUGAUUCCCUCGGCAGUCGAGUCUGGAAUCCCCACACACCCCCAUUUGGGGGGCACAAGUGGAGCGAUGAUGGGUCAGGGAUCACUCGAGUACAUGGCAGCUGCAGGAAGCGGUGUGAAUUUUGCCUCUGCUCCCGAGAUGCUGAUUGCGAUUAAUCGUCUCAAUGAUACAAUUGACAGUCUUAGAGCGGAAAUUGUCUCUCUCAAGUCACAGGUCGCGGAUUCGAGUAAGUUCGGAUCCCGCUAUCGCGAGGAAGGCCUCUAUACCAUCUCUGUGAAAGGACCUCACACUUCCAAAUCAACACUCGAAGACCUCAGCCGCAAACAGGCCAGAGUAGUAGUGCCCUCAUUCGACGUCCAGUCCAAAACCGGAUCAACCGGAGGGCCAGGUGCAGCCGGAGGUGUUGCGGGGAAUAUGUCUGAACAAGGACAGGAUUCAAGUGGGGGCUUCACGGUGGGAACGAGCCAACAUGAUCAGGGAAAGGGAACACGACAAAAUGUCGGGGACGAUAUUUUUGAGGAGAUUUCAGAAGACGAGAAUGAUCCGAAUCGAGCUUUGCCUGGAAACAGAGGAGAAACUGGCAGCGGUUCUGAUACGAAUGGGCGUCCUAGACGACAACUGCAGCCGAACAGACUCUACAAUGGCAAGGAGUUCUUAACAGACUCCAACAAACCAUCCAAUGCUCCUUUCAAGCCCAAGUCAAACUAAUUUAAACCCAUGUUUCACCACCCCACCAUGACACUACACGUAGUUAACUGUUGCAAUUUGUGAUGUUGGGUCGAAUAAAAAGUUACUAUCAUUUAAGAAAAAUUGGCUCUUUCUCCGCUGAACUAAGUUCAAAUAAAGAAGAGAAGGCUGAAUGAAGUUGAAAUUGCGUUUGCUCAGAAUUUAUUAGCUCAUCAAUGGUAAUGCAAGUUUUGCCGGAAUUUAAUUUGGUGUUUAACAUGUUUCUUCGUAAAGAGCUGAAGAGAUGGAUUUUUGGUCCUUCUUCUUGCUGAUAAGUGGUGUCUUCUUAACUUUAAAAUUUUCAAAGACUAAUUGGGAUGAGUCAGGUAGGAGAGCCAUUUUUUGUCAACAUUUUUUCUGAUUGGAAGUCUAAUUUCUCAAU